AUGCGUUUUCGAUUUCAACAAAAGCCUGGUCGCAGAAACCACAAGUCGUCUGGCUCGCAAGUCGAUAGUGCACAUUCUCAGCACACCACUUCUCCGGUACGGGUCGAGAGGAGUUCUGCACGCGAUUAUGUAGGCAACCGUUCGCUGCCACCAUGGCGAAACAAAGCUCUACCUCCCACACCAGAAGACGACACGACGAACACCGAACCAGUAAUUGCGAUCAAUGGGCCGAACAGUCCACUAUCUUCCCCUCCUCCCGACGAUGAGGAGUAUGACCAACACGAUGGCAGCAAUGGCGGCCACCACGAUAAAGAUUGGUUGCGCAAUGUGAACUGCACUGUGCUACAUCGGGGCAUGCCUCAUCAUCCAUUUCGACGUGAAGACGCACCGUAUAUGGAGUCGUACAGUGCGGCGUCAUUGGAAAACGAACACUACAGUUUCGUACUACUGUGCCACUUAAAUGCCUUACCUACUUUCAAGUAUUAUGGCAAACCACCGGAGAAUAUCCUUGAUCUCGGCUGUGGGCAGGGAUUUUGGGUCCUGCAUGCUGCGAAUUCUUGGGCUGAUUCACACGUGACGGGUAUUGAUCUCAUCGACGUUCACAGAUUCAGUCAGAGCAGGGUGCGCCGAGAGAAUGUUUCCUGGGUUCGUGGCAACUUCGUUAAGGACGAUCUUCCUUUUCCAGACGAUACCUUUGACUUAGUCAGGAUGGCCAAUCUGACACUAUGCGUUCCGACCGAGCGCUGGAAUUUCGUUCUCACUCAAGUUCGACGAGUCCUCAAGCCAGGAGGACGACUUGAGUUCAUCGAUGACGAAUUGUUUUUCCCUUGCAUCUCAUCUCCUGCGGAGGCCUCAUGCCAAUUCACCCGACCACUGUCCUGUAACUCCACACCCAUCACGAGUUAUUCUGACGGCGAGGACUCCGGCGUUGGUAAUGAUGGCCCUCUCAGUUGCGACAUCCCGCUUAGGCGGACGAGGACGUGGAGCAUUGUCCCCCACGAAUGGCCCAGUCGGUUUCACGGAGAUUAUACACCGUCGGACUCGCGAACGAACUACGAAAUGAGUGUCGACAUUGCUACCAGCCUUGAAGGCCUAUUCGAGAAUAUGCUGGAUCGCGAAUAUAAGAUCUCCUGCAAACCUGGCAUGCUGAUUCCCCGACUUCUCACGGGGUUGUUUGGUAAUGCACACAAGUCGCACUUCUUCGAACUCUUUGUUCCCGAGCAAACAGUUCUAGUGGGCGAAGAUGUUAAUUCUAAGGCCGCUCGAGUCCUGUCCGACGGUUCGAUAGCUCCCAAGGCAGCCAGAUUUCUCCUCAGCGGCAAGAAGAGCAUCUCAUCGUGCAACAGGCCUCCGUAUCAGCCACCCGGAUUGGUUGUCUACCGCACUACCUGUGGAAUAGAUCGGUAUGAACCCCCAACGGUGAUUCUUUUUGACCCUUGCGAACUGGAGAUGCAUGCCUGCAAAAACAUGAAUACGUUAUUGGGUUGCAAGCAUGCACUGACAAACUUUGCUCUGGAUCAGAGGGACAAGAACGGUGAUCCUACGAUAUCCGAGGAGCAGUUCAGCGAGCGGGUGUGGGACUAUGACCAGUUCAGACGUAAGAGGUUCAAUUGGCCCGCAGAUUAUCCCGGCUUACGAAUGGAAGAGGAUGACGAUACACCAGCGCCGAAACCGAUGCUCCUGCGGUUAUUCUCGAACCUGGCGACUUUACCUAUAUUCGAGCGCCAGCCGUACCUUCCAGGCGACUCUCCGAGGAAGGAUGACAAGCGGUUGAUGAACGUGCGCAGAAUAUCCGUGUAUCAAGCCGUGAAGGCGCCGCAAGCGUGA